AUGGCACAGAGCACUGAGCUCAAGCCAAGCUUUGAGGAUGUUUUUAAUAUCCUAUCCCAGAUCCCACCAGAUAAACUCCUUAGCCUCAAAUACAAACUGAAGCACUUGAUACUUGGGCCCUGCAGCAAACUACUGCAAGCCAUGGUGCUGCUUACUCUGGGGCAAGAAGCAGAUGCAAGAAUUUGUUUGGAUGCCUUAGGAGACAACCAGGCAGCCCGGUAUGUCCACCAGAGCAAACUGGGAGCUGCAGGCGUGCAGGACAGGGAGGAUUUGCAGCCUCCCCAACUGGAUGCGGGUGCCAUGGCGCUUCUGGCACAGAUCUACUCAGUGCUGGCAGAGGAAAAGCUGUGCAGCCACGAAGCCAUGGACAGAGCCUGCCAGGCUGCCUCCAGAGCCCACACCACCAGCAAGGAAACUCGGGACACGCUCAGCAGCAUCCCAGCAGAGGUCCAGGACAAACAGGGCUCUGGUAUCAGCAUGGGCCCUGGUGACAAAUUUCAGACGCUGAAAUCUGAUGUGGAUGUAGCAUUUGUCCAGAAACCCAAACCAAACUAUGGGGUGAGAAGUUCCCCGGUGCAGAUUGGAGGCAACUCAGACCUUUCAGGCCCACGGACCUUGCACUCCGUGGGGAGCCCCUCUUUCCCCAGUCACUUUGAGAUCAGCGCAUCACCAACCGUUGUGUUUCACACCCAGCCCUCCCAAAAGCGUGUCCCCCAGCCCAGCCAGCUGUGCGAAGGGAGCACCGGUGGCGCUGGACAGCUGGACGUAGACAGACAGAGCCACGGCCUGCAGGAGACAAGCUGGGCCAGCAGAUCCAACCCUCAUCCUGAGCAGGACACAGGGGCCAAAUUUCCCCAACCAGAGGAGGUUCUCCAGGUCCGUCCAGAUCUCCCUGCUCCCGACAUGCAGCUGCCCACAGGUGCUGUGAACCACCCCGAGGAAAGCAGUGAUGUUUCCAGCACGGUGGCAGAAGAACCUCGUGUACUGAAAGCAAGCACAGACAAAAAGCAAGAUGAAAAGUCAUUAUCUACAGGUCUUCCAGAUUCAAGAGCUACAGUGGAUGCUCGUCGUGCCCAUACAUCCAAGGAGGAGGACUCUGUUCCAGCAGGCAUUUCUUCUAACUCUGCACCUGCUUCCAGUUUGGCCUCCUCCCUUCUUCCUCCUCCUCCUCCCUAUUCCUUCUCCUUAGCCCUUCCUCCUCUUCAGGGACCUCCUUCCAGCUUACCACAUCCCACUGCCCUCCACUCAUCCCCGUCUCCAGCCUGGCCGCCUCUCCACGCUGCAGCAGCAGUGCCCACAGCAGAGCCAGACAGUGGCAAGUUCUUCACUUUCGUUAUCCUGCACGCCAGCGAAGAUGAGUUUGUUGCUCAUCGGGUCAAGGACUUGCUGGAGAAGAUGGGGGUUCCCAACGGUGCCACGCUCUGCGAGGACUUCUUCAUCGCAGGACGCAGCCAUAUGACGUGCUUCCAGGACGCUAUGGAGAACUCUGCCUUCAUCAUCCUCCUCCUGACCAAGAACUUCUCCUGCAACCUCUGCCUGUUUCAGACAAACACAGUGCUGAUGGAGUCCAUCCUGAAGCCAGGCAAGCGCGACUCGGUCAUCCCUUUCAUACCCAAGGAGAACCCGCUGAAGCGCAGCGAGAUCCCCAGCACACUCGGUGGGCUCAUGCCCUUGGACGAGAACUCGCCCAUGUUCUCCAAGACGGUGCAGAACACCUUCACCAGCAGCAGGAUCAACGAGAGGAAGGCCACGUGGGACCUGGUGCAGGAAAGGAAGCUACAGCUGUACCAGGAGCGGUAUCAAACGCAGCAGAAUUUGGCUGCUCUGAGCCUUGGCUCCUCUCCCCAGGUGCCUCCACCACCAACGCAGCCGCAGCUGCCGGAGCCAUCGCCGCAGCAGUGGUGGCCGCCGCCGUCGGGUGUCCCCCCUGCCACGUACCCGCUUUCCCACACCGCUCACCCCAUGCCUGCUCAGAUGGGACCCCCUCCUUUCCAGCCGCUUCAUCUCCCCUCAGGCCACUACAGCGUGAUGCCAGGCGCAGGAGGCGUCCCACCCCUCAUCAUUCAGCACGCUCGGAUGGUUCAGAUCGGGAACCACAACGUGAUGCAGGUAGAGACGGUCACACCGGGUCCCCAGGACAGGGAGGAGGAAAGCAGGUAG